ACGGUCUCGCUAACCUAACCACGGUUGGAGUUUAACCCAUCUCACUUAACCGCGGUUUGUUACACUCACUGGAGUGAAACGCUUGUAUAAGGGCCUCGAGAAAAGCGGUUUUCUGGGAUUCGGUUCAGGCCGAGUGCGGUUUUAGGCGGUUUUUUCUACCGGUUUCGACAGAUAAAGAGGUUUUCUGGUGAGUUUUCGUAGUUUUACGAGCGGUUCCGCAGCUUCGAGUGUUUGGGAAGGCCGUUUAUUGAGUGGAAAAACGGUUUAUUAGUGGGAUAAGUUGAUCUGGUUUUUGGUAAGGGAUUUGGGAGUGGCCAUUUCCGAGUUUUUGUGGUUUUGUGUGGGGAAUCGGAGGUAUUCAAGGGGAUUUCGAUGAAGCAGAGGUUUUUGACGGGCUUAUGGGGUAGUUGAAGCUCUGGAAUCUAGGGUUUAUACGUGGAUUGCUGGUAUCGUGGUUAGAGAUCAAGGUUUUUGAGGUGUUUUCAUGGCGUAUGCUGAGGAAUUUAGGGGCGCUUUACCUCAGCCUGAACAAAGCUUGGGCAUGUUUCCUCAGAAUUUGUCAUCGGAAUGCUCUGCGCCAGGUCCAACAAAUGAUGCUCUGUAUAGGGAGCUAUGGCAUGCCUGCGCGGGCCCUCUCGUUACCAUACCUGGAGAAGGAGAGCGUGUUUAUUACUUUCCUCAGGGUCAUAUGGAGCAGCUAGAGGUUUCUAUGAACCAGGGUGUUGAGCAGCAGGUGCCUCUUUUUAAUCUCCCUUCUAAGAUCCUCUGCAGAGUUAUGCAAGUUCAGUUGCGGGCUGAGCCAGAUAAUGAUGAGGUUUAUGCACAAUACACCUUGAUACCAGAGUUAGAUCAAAGUGAGCUGAGCAGUCCUGAUUCUUGCCCCCCAGUGCCUCCUAAACCUGCUGUCCGUUCCUUUUGCAAGACUCUAACUGCCUCUGAUACGAGCACACACGGUGGAUUUUCUGUUCUUCGAAAUCAUGCUGAUGAAUGCCUUCCACCACUGGAUAAGACUCAGCAGCCCCCAACUCAGGAAUUGGUGGCCAAGGAUCUGCAUGGAAUAGAAUGGCGUUUCAAGCACAUAUAUAGAGGGCAGCCCCGAAGGCAUUUGCUCACGACAGGUUGGAGUGUGUUUGUGAGCUCUAAGAGACUUGUUGCUGGUGAUGCCUUUAUUUUCCUGAGGGGUGAUAAUGGAGAGCUUUUUGUGGGCAUAAGGCGUCUAUUGAGGCAGCAGAGCACCAUGCCAUCCUCUGUUAUAUCCAGUGAUAGCAUGCAUCUUGGUGUGCUUGCUACUGCUACUCGUGCCAUUUCCUUCCAAUCCCUCUUCACUGUCUACUACAAACCAAGGACGAGCCCAUCUGGGUUCAUCAUCGGUGUCAACAAGUACUUGGAAGCUAUGAACCAUAGGCUUUCAGUAGGGAUGAGAUUUAAGAUGAAAUUUGAAGGGGAAGAUACUUCCGAGAGAAGGUACACUGGUACAAUUAUCGGUGUUGGAGAUGUUUCUCCUGGAUGGAAUGACUCACAAUGGAGAUCUCUCAAGGUUCAAUGGGAUGAGUCCUCUGCUAUCCGGCGGCCUGACAGGGUUUCUCCAUGGGAGCUUGAACCCAUUGUUUCAACUUCUCCUCUCACCACCACCAUUCAGCCAAGAAACAAACGUGCCCGUUUGCCCAACAUGCCAAUGUCAAGAGAACGUUCAAUCCUUGGUGGCUGCAAGAAUACAACAGACCCUAGUUCACCGUAUUGGUAUUCCUCUCAGACUACCCAGACAUCUGAAUUAAAUUCGGAUACUGAGGGAGAGAGUGGUCAGAGCCAUAUUUUGUGGGGUCAAAAGCAAAUGGAUCUAAAGAAUGAUGCUUUAGGCCACAGUCCUCGUCCUUCAACUGAGAAUUGGAUGAACCACUUUUCGAACCAGACUGAAUCCACUCUUUUGAAAUCUCCAAAGCUUCUUUUCCAGGAUGGAGAGUUCAAACCAGAGCGUGCACGCUCAAUUGGUUCAGCUUUUUCAUCUGGCGAGCUCCAAAGUAAAUGGGCACCAUCAAUGGCUGGCCAUUCACAAACUGAAGGUUCAGUUGAACCUCAUUCAGAUCUCAAUAGAGGCUGCCUCAGUGGGAUGGUUACAAAGGAGAGGAAACCUGAUAGUAAUGGCUAUAGAUUGUUUGGUAUUUUGAUUGAUAAUAAUUCUUCUCAUGGAGAAGAUUCUCUUCCUCAAACUGGUAAAAUACCGGCAGCCAUAGAGGAACAUCCAGUUCAAGCUUCUGUAAAUGGGCAUAGCCAACCUGCCGAUUCAGAAGAUCCAUCAAGGGUGGCAAUUAUUGAAGGGAAGUCCUCACACUCAUCACCGAAGGAUGUGCAUAAGGCAAGCAUAUCAACUAGGAGUUGCACUAAGGUUCUCAUGCAAGGAAUUGGUGUUGGGAGGGCUGUGGAUCUGACAAAGUUAAAUGGUUACCCUGAUCUCAUAAAAGAGCUUGAGGAGAGGUUUGAUAUCAAAGGGGAGCUUCAAUCCCCUAACAAGAAAUGGGAAGUUGUCUACAUGGAUGACGAGGGUGACAUGAUGCUCGUGGGUGAUGAUCCCUGGGCGGAGUUCUGCAACAUGGUUAGAAAGAUAGCAAUCUAUCCAUGUGAAGAAGUGAAGAAGAUGACCAAUAGAACCAGGCUUCAUUGCUCUGAGGAGCCUGCAACCCCAACUUCGGAACACAAGACUGAAUGAUGCUCCUCUCUCUCUCUCUCUCUCUCUCUCACUGUUUUGUAACCAAGGCCCAGGCUGAAGAAUAGGAGUUUCAUAAAUGACCAGGCUAAUUUGAAGCUCGGUUUUAGAGGAGCUCAAGGGAAGUGAAGCUUUUAGGGAUUGGUGGGUUCAGUAUAUAUAAGAGGCUGAAACUGUGAAUACGGUUAUUUAGAGUUAGCUUUGGAGGCAGGAAUUAGGGAAGGUUGCUUUAUUGCCUCCUAUUUUGUAAAUAAGUUUGUGGAUUUGAGUUUGGGAUAUAUACACUUUUUGUGUAUUUUGUUAGUGGAAUGGAGGUUGGUUUUAUGCAAGAAAUGUGAUUCCAUUUGUCUUUA